AUGGCGUCAAAUUCUCCGAAUCCAACAACUCCCCAUCAAUUCCACACUCGCUCGCCACCUCCUACCAUUCGCCCCUAUAGAUCAAAACGACACCCCCCAUGUGACGGAUGCCGACGGAGAAAAGUACGCUGCGAAGCUGAUCACCAUGGCAGCUGUCAGCGCUGUCUAGCUGCGGGUCAGUAUUGUUCCUUUACUCGUCUUCGCCCUCGCCCUCGGCCUCACUCUCAUCAGGGCACUGUGCCGCCGAAAUUACCUUCACCAGAGACCCGACCGGUCGCAACAAGUAACUUGCAAGCGACCGAGGAUCUGGUGGUGAACCAAGAAGAUCCCCCAGUUGCGCAUCAAGCAGUCGAUAUCCCUUUCUUCGAGCUAGACACGGUGAGAAUCUCUGCAGAUCCAGGCGGCACACGCCCGCACACGCCUUCAGCCUUCAAAGAAAGACACACGCAUCAGACCAUCCAGACACUUGAUGGUUUGGCUGGUGUAUCCUACCAGGUCAAUGGCGCGUCAGCCGAAUCUGACCCGUGGCUUCUCAGACACUGCAAAUUCAACGACAGAGGCUUCCUCUCCUUCCACCAAGUGCACUUCCGGAACGCAGGGGGCGUUCCGUUUGACGAGAAGAUCCCCUGCCAUUUUCUGGUCUCGUCGGAUCAGCUCUAUGAGUCUUCCAAGGCUCAGCUGCCACCGCCAGACCCACUGAAUACACAUGAGCAAUUAAACCACAUUGUACCCCCCGAAUGUGGCCAGAGAUUGGUAGUGCUCUUCAUGAAGUUUAUUUUUCCGACGCUGCCGAUCAUUUCGCGGUCACAUUUUGGGCUUGCAGCAGCAGGUACGGUGCCCGACCAGGAUAUCCUUCAAAGGACACCCUUGUGUCUUUUGGCUGCAAUCUACGCAUCAGCACAACCAUUCGCCAAGUUUGAUGACUAUCUCUGCUUGAUUGAUGCGUACGCUCCUCCCGCGACUGAUCUGCUCUGGCGCAUGGUUCUUGACCUUCUGCUACGGGACAUCCACACUGCCCGUCUUUCGACCCUUCAAGCAGGAAUUCUCUACCUUCACCGACCGAUCAGCGCCACCGAAAGUGCUGUGGCUGAUAGUGCCUUCACCUGGUCCUUGGUGGGCAUGCUUGUCGGCGUUGCCAUGUCGCUUGGGCUUCAGUUGGAUUGCCGGCUCAUGGGACUUCCAUUAUGGGAGAAGAGGAUUCGUCGCCGCCUUUGGUGGGCCAUCUACGCCGAAGAUAAGUGGCGUUGCUUGCUUAUUGGGCGUCCGUCUUACAUAGGAAGCGACGAUUGGGACGCCACAGAUCUGAGCGAUGAUGAUUUCGUGAUGUCUGAGUGUCUACGCCUGGCUCUGCAGCAACCUGCGUCCUCCUCACACUCCUCACACGACGUUCUCACUGCUCAACCAUUCCAGCAACUCAUUCAGUUGUCGCGCAUCGCUGAUGAAUUACAACGCUCCCUUUUCACACUAAAGGCGUCGCAGCGAUUAUCGCCGGAUUUUCAUGCAACGCUGGAAAUUGCCCGUCCUCUUUUACAGAAGCUCAAGGAGUGGUACGCGCACUCCCCAGUAUCGGUACGUCAGCCCGAUCAUCAGCCCACUACUCUGGACAGCAUAUACUGCCAGUCAAACUGCCUCCGUUUUGCCUGCAUCCUUCUGGAGGUAUUUGUGUUCCGCGCCCUCCUGCGGCCAAUGGUUCGCUCUGCCGCGCCGCCCCCGUUGCUCGAGGAGAACUUCGAGACAGCGGAAUUUACGAACCAAUUCAACGACCUCUUGGCUCAGUUGUUCGACGCCGAAGAGAUCGAGCCGUCCAUGGCCAUUGACAUGUCCGAUGAGAAUGGCAUGGGAAAUGCGGUGCUCCGCGCAGCCGAUAAUUGCGCGGCCAAAGUAAUUCGUCUGGUGAUGCGUAUGACUACCAGUGACUUGUCGAGCUUCUGGUAUAGAUGGUCCCGUGUGGGAUUUGCGACUGUCUCUAAUUUCCUACUGCUACUGCUUGUACAAGCGCCCACGAAAGACCACGCUCUCCGUGCCAAAAGCCUUGUGGACCUUUGGCGUCAAACCUUACGGAACCAGAGCACAGGGUGUCCGGCCAUGAAUCUUGGAUUAGUCAGAUUAGAUGGGUCUCUUUGGCCUGGCCUGGCGAGAAACUAUUACCUCCCAAAGCAAGUAAAAGAAGUCCUGGAAGAAUAG